CUCUCAAGCCUUCGAGCCCCUCUCUCUCCCCUCAAUCCUUUUGCUCAGUCCACUUCGCUUUCUGUGUUACUCCUCACUCUCUCUCCCUCUUUCUAGAUAUUUGCAGCUGGGAUUCCAUCAAUCUCCGCCGUCGAUUCCGGAGGGAUGAAGUCCUGAAGACGAUGAAGAUGAGCCCCCAUGAUCUUCUUCCUCUGCUGGUAAGAACCAUCACUACCGAUUGGGGUUUUUACAUGAAGAAAUGUUCGACCCAUUUAUGGUGAUCCACGUGCGGUCCCUAAUCUGGUUGCGCAAGAGGAAAAAGAACCCUAAAAAUCCAGCAAAACCCACAUCCCAAUUAAUCCCAUAGCUCUCAAAUCACGCCUUAAAUUCUUCUUUUCUUACUAACAGUUCAUUUCUUAGCAAAAGUUAACUUGUAAAGUUACAAGAUUGUAUUUUUUUUUCAUUUCAAAAUCUAAAUUACUCUUUUCCUUUGCUGAUUAUUAUCGGAUUUGAGUGUUUCUCGAAAAUUUGUCGAUAUCUUUAGUUGGGUAGGGAAGGAUUUGGAAAUCUUUAGUCGGAAGAGGGGUUUGGAUUUUGUAUCCUGAUCGAAUUUUGAAGGUGGCGAAGAUGAGCUUGAGCGCGGCCGAGGACGAUUCGGCUUCGGAAAUUCACAUCCCAGCUGAUAUAGAUUGGCAUAUGCUGGACAAGUCCAAGUUUUUCUUUCUGGGUGCUGCUUUGUUUUCUGGUGUAUCAGGUGCUCUGUAUCCAAUUGUAGUGUUAAAAACCCGUCAACAAGUGUCACCCACUCAGAUUUCUUGCUUGAAGAUGUCUUGUGCUAUCAUGCGCUACGAAGGUCCUAAAGGGUUUUACAGAGGUUUUGGGACCUCUCUGAUGGGAACAAUUCCGGCUCGAGCGCUUUACAUGACGGCGCUUGAAGUUACCAAGAGCAAUGUUGGGACUGUGACUGUUAGAUUAGGAUUUUCGGAUACUACAGCUAUGGCAAUAGCGAAUGGUGCUGCAGGGUUGAGCUCAGCCAUGGCGGCCCAAUUAGUUUGGACCCCGAUCGAUGUUGUGAGCCAGAGACUCAUGGUUCAGGGCUGCACCAGCAGCACCAGACACAUCCUCCCCAAUGUGAGUUCUUAUAAGUACAGAAAUGGCCUUGAUGCUUUUAGGAAAAUUUUACAUGCCGAUGGAUUGAGAGGAUUGUACAGGGGAUUUGGGAUUGCGUCACUGACUUAUGCGCCUUCAAAUGCGGUUUGGUGGGCUUCUUACUCUGUUGCACACAGACUCAUUUGGGAUGGUUACGGUUGCUAUAUGUGUAAGAAAGAUGAGAGUGGCUCAGGAAAUGGGUCUAAUUUGCGGCCUGAUUGCAAAGCAAUGCUGGCAGUGCAGGCGUUCAGUGCAGGCAUGGCAAGUGGGUUUUCUGCUCUGAUUACCAUGCCGCUGGAUACUGUCAAGACGCGCUUGCAAGUUCUGGAUGCAGAAGAAAACGGGCAAAGAAGACCGCUGACAAUAAUGCAGACGGUGAGAAAUCUGGUGAGGGAAGGAGGGUUUGCUGCUUGUUACAGGGGGCUAGGGCCUAGGUGGGCUUCAGUGGCAAUGUCUUCCACAACCAUGGUUACUACCUAUGAGUUUCUCAAAAGAAUGUCUACCAAGAAUCAAUAGAGCUGCCAUUUCAAAUCCUUCUUGACUUGAUUAGGUUAUAUUGGCAUGCCUACUGCCAUAUCUGGUAAUGUAACUUUGUACAUAGUGUAGAAGGUUUCUUUCAUUUGUUUUGCCCCUUUGUGCAAGUAGUUUCAUUCCGCUCUAACGAUAUGGCAUUAGUAGAUUGGUAACACUGCGUGUCGGUCGUUGACCCCAAGUCAAUGGUCUUGAGACUUGUUAUGGUAAGUCCAAUGUGGAGGGGAUGAACAGUAGAAUGGGAAAGAAGUGAAGUUUUCAUUGA